UCAAACUUGUUUCUAAUAGCAACCAUCAAAGUUCUGAUUAAUCAAGUCUAUGAAUUCCAACAAACUUAUCAUGUAAAAUAUUGCUUGUUUUCAAUCGUAAUGGUAGUUAGUGGAAAAGAAUUUAGAAGUAACUUGAGAAAACCCUUACCUCAUGCAAAAAAAGAUAGAGGAUGUAGACUUGUUCCCGCAUUUACCAUACAAGCUUUUCAAAAAGGAACUUGUGUAUUACCUCCACCAAAGUGCAAUGCUUUUACCGAAUCAUUACCUAAAUCUUCAAAAUUUCGAGUAAAUUAUAAUCGAGGAAAUCUUCCUAUUUCUAUGGAAGCUAAAGGAGGAAAAGUCUCAUGGAAAGCAGACAUCAAUAAAUUGGAUUUCCAUUACUAUUUGCCAAUGUUUUUUGAAGGACUUUGUGAAACCGAAAGUCCUUACAAAUUGUUCGCCCAACAAGGAAUACAUGAUAUGUUAGCUUACGGAGGGCAAAAAAUAUUUCCUUGUAUUCCCCAAUUGAUUAUACCAAUCAAAGAUGCCCUCAAGACGAAAAAUAAAGAAGUAAUGUGUACUACGCUAAAGGUACUUCAGCAUUUAGUAAAAUCUGGAGAUAUGAUAGGCGAGGCGUUGGUACCCUAUUAUAGACAAAUUCUACCUACAUUAAAUUUAUUUAAAGAAAAAAACGUAAACUGCGGUGACGAAAUCGACUAUAGUCAAAUGCGUGGUGACAAUUUAGCAGAUAUAAUAAACGAUACUUUAGAAGUAUUGGAAAAAUAUGGAGGCGAAGAUGCGUUUAUUAACAUUAAAUAUUUGAUUCCUACAUAUGAAUCAUGUAUGCUCAAUUAACAGAGGAAUAAAUUAAUAAAUGUUAACAAUAAUACAUUUUUUC